AUGCUUUUUACUGAUAUGAUUACUGAUUAUGAUUUGAAAUGGUUUUUUGGAUCUAUACUAAUAUAUUUGACGAUUUUUAAUCUAGCACUUAACAUUGUGAUUAUUUUCAUAUUUUCGGCAAAAGAUGUUGUUAAGUCCUUUAAAUUACUAAGGUUAAAAAUUAAGAACUGGUGUAAAAAGAGGACUAUUGCUAAAAAAGAAGCUUUGCAAAAGAAAAUAUAAUUUAAUAAGAGCUAAAAUGGAAAUGAUUUAAAUUAAACAAAUACAAAUAUUUUAACUAAUGCAGAGGUCAGCAUGACUGCUGGACUAGAUUAAACACUCAAUCCGUACAAGACAGAUAUAUUUGAAGAAUCAGAUAAAGGAUCUUAUAGAGACAAUCAUUCAAAAGAUUUUAGCAGGAAUUAAUCAGAAUUAUUUAUACCAUCUGAGGAAAGCAGAGAUGAUGAAUAGCAUCCUGACAAUAGUAUGUCUUAAUCAGGAAUAAGUAACUCUCCAUUUAAGGGGUAAUGGGAUUAAUUACCUACAAGAAAGCAUUUAUAGGAUAAUUUCUUCAGCAAUUUGAUGGGAGAUUACGAAUAAAAAGAAAGAAGCCUGUCAUAAAUUGUUAAAAGAUUCCAAAUUAAUAGACGACUAAGCUAAAAUGUUAAUAACUCUAAUACUAAUAAUAAUAAUACCUAAGAUAUGAGAACUACUCAAUGA